AUGGGCUCAUCAUACGCACCAGAGCCCCAGAAGCUCUACAUAGAAACACCAUGCAUACCGUCGGCACCCCUGUCGCGAGCCGCAGGAUGCAACAUAUUCCUCAAGCUGGAGAACUUGCAGCCCUCGGGAUCUUUCAAGUCGCGCGGCGUGGGCUCCAUGAUGCACCGGGCCCUCCUGGCCAAACCAGACGGCAGGGCGCACUUCUACUGUAGCUCGGGCGGCAACGCUGGGCUGGCCUGCGCGACGGCGGCCGCGACCCUGGCCCAGUCCUGCACCAUAGUCGUGCCGACCCUCACAGCCGCCCACAUGAUCGCCAAGAUGCGACUGCUGGGCGCCACCGUCGAACAGGUGGGUGAGAACUGGUCCUUCGCGGACAAGUAUCUGCGGGAGGAACUCCUGGCACGUGAUACCGAGCACGGGGUCUACGUGCCUCCUUUCGACCACCCCCACGUGUGGGAGGGCGCGUCAACGAUCGUGGACGAGCUCGUGACGCAGACGCGGGGGCUGAUGGCAGGGGGAGCUGCGAAGGUCGACGGCAUCAUUUGUAACUGCGGCGGCGGCGGGCUGCUAAACGGGAUCAUGGAGGGCGUCGGGAAGAACUUCCGGGGCUCCAAGCCGACAGUGCUCGCCGUCGAGACGGUCGGCGCGGACAGCCUGGACGCCAGCGUCAGGGCCGGCGAGCUCGUCACCCUGCCGGCCAUCACGAGCAUCGCCACCAGCCUGGGCGCGCCGCGCGUCUCGGCCAAGACGUUCGAGUGGACCCGGGAGAAGCACCUGCUCAACACCGUGGUGACCGACGCCGAGGCCGUGAUGGGGUGCGUCAAGCUGGCCAAUGACGCGCGCAUGCUCGUCGAGGCUUCUUGCGGCGCCACCAUCGCACCUGUCUACAACGGCGGUCUGAGAAAAGCGAUGGGAGAGGGGUUAAGUGACGAGGAAUGGAGCCGGAAGAAUGUCGUCGCCAUCGUGUGUGGCGGAACCGAUGUCACGCUUCAGAUAUUGAGAGACUAUCAGAAGAAGUUUGGUGUUGAGUGA